CACAAGGAGAGACGUGGGCUACUGCCAGUCCCGAUGCAGUAUGGAGGAGUCUGACUUGCUGAAGGAGAGGCUUCAAGCUAUCACUGACAAGCACCACAUUCAGGAAGACAUUAGACAGAAGAAGUUGGAACUGGAUCAAGAGAAACUCAAACUACAGCAUCUAAAGAAAAAAGCUCUGAGAGAGCAGUGGCUGCUACAGGACUCAGCUACCCACAAUACAACAGACUCCCCACAGCAACAGAGCCUUCUGUCUGACCAGCGGCAGACCAGAGCACUGCAGCUUAACAUCCACAGGAUAGAAAUGGAGGUGGAAUUUCUGGAGCGACAGGAGUCUGUGAUUUCCACCAAUGAGCGCUUCAUCCUCAAUAGACUGAAGGCUUUGGAGAAAAGUCCAGAGGAAAUUAUUAAGGAGGCCCAGGAAAACUUUGUUCUUGAACCAUUACAGGUCACCACAGUGAUCCCUGAUGUCCCAGAAUCCAUAUUUCCACCAGCCAAUAACCAUACUGAGCAAACCACCCCAAGAAACAGUGGGAUCAUUUUUAUUAGAGAUUUUUACACAUUUCUUUUUUUUAAGGAAAUUGGUUUGAAAGUUUGUUGUGCAGUUUGGCAGACAACAGAAAAAUGGUCGACGUGGUAUCAAAGGACUAAUAAAGCUCUGUUUACCAUGAAAAUCAAUGUGACUAAUAACCUGCUAACCGGGGAGAGCACAGUACUUUCUAAUGCGACUGUCCCCCCAAAGGAGUUAAACCAAAAUGCCAGGCUCAAGGUUUACGAUGACGGCAGGAAGUGUUUUUAUGCUCUGAAUUCACAAGAGGGGUCACAUAACCUGACCUGUGUAUCUGAACCUUCAUCCAGCAAGGUGGAACAGUUGCUCAGAAGCGCCACAGUGUAUUGCCAAGUAAACCACCAAAACUACCACCAAAAUCCCAGCAGAAGGGAGGAGCACUGUUUUUACAACCACCAAGAUGAGAAAGACAGAGCGGAGCGAUGUGACCUCAGAAACCAGGGAGAACAUUGUGGUAACCAUGUCCUCAGUAACAACACAGCAGAGGAAGAAUUAAGCUGUAGGGAACACUGGCAUAGAAAACCACAGGAUGAUCAUUGCUUUGGUAACCAGGGAAGCCAUUACAGUAAGCAGGAAGAAAGACAAAACAAAAGCAACCUGAGGGAAGGUCAUCGCUUUGGAAACCAAGAGGGGGUGGGAUGUCACUAUGGGAACCAGAAAGACCACCACUACAGUUUGUACCAGGUGAGAAACUGUCACAAUGCUCAGGAAGAUCGGCCCACUAGCCACCACAGCAAUGGCGUCAUCAGUUGCAAUAAAAGGGUAAAUGGAGGCAGACCCAGUGGCUUUCCUCCUCCCAAAUCACAUGAUCAGGAAGCAGUUUCCGCCUACCAGCCCCAACUCUGCUACACUCCAGCCAAUUAUAUUCCUAUUAUUGAUUACAUUAGUGUUGAUGAAGAAGAACUUUAUUGUUACAGACCACCCUCCUACCAAUCAUACAGCCAAACAGAGAACAGCCACAACCAGUCCACCGCUCUGUACAGUGGCCCCACCCCCUCUGACAGAGUGCCCUCACCCCUCUGUGGAGACGACACCCCUUACACCAUCCUCAACACCAUGGAAAACAUUGAGCCAAUCACAGCCAUUUUCAUGGGCUUCCAGAUGGCGCAGAAUGACAGUGGCUGGGGUCAGGAGUUUGGGGGCUCUCUUAAGGCUGAGCUGGUCAUAAUUGAGGACAAUGAAGAAAAUGUUGAGGACAAGAACAUGAGGGAGAAGAAGAGGCAUGCCCAGCUGGGUGUCAGUAGUUAUUCAACAGAAAGUGCAGCCAAUGAAAGCGUGGGAUGUGUAGAGGGAUUUGGAGACAGAGUGACAGGGAGACGAGUGGGACCAGGUAUCAAAAGGAUCCAGAAAAAACAUAAACCCUGCUGUAUUGUCUGCUAACUGGAGUAAAUAAUGCAUAUGUGUCCAACAUUUACUCAAUGGCCAGCUGUAAGUCUGGUGACCUAAUGAUUAACUGCAUAAACAAAUUGAUUUCACAUGGUGACACUUAAAAUUAACUGAACUGCUGAGUUACUAUGAGAAUAAGGUCGGAUGUUAGAACUCACUGACUGACUCCUCUGCUGCUUUUAGGAAACUGAAGAUCUGAAAUCGGCAUGUGGCGCCGUUCCUCAUAAAUGGGUAAACAAUAAGAUUUACAAGUUGGGGAUAGUUUGUUGAUAAACUAUGUGGAUUAGGGCCCGUUACGGUGUAAAUUUACCCAUUCUUUAAAUUCCAGUAAUUACUUUUUGAGAGAACACUGAAUCAAAUGACUACAAGUAAUGUAAAAGGGAUCAUUCACAGUGAUGUAAAUGGAAAAUUAUCAUCAAAUCUUCACCUCUAUGGAGGCUUUUAGCCUGUUUGAGGUAAUUGUUUUGGUUUCAUGUAACAUUUAACCAGCAGUGAAGCUCUGAUAACCCCUCUGUACACUACCUACCCAGCACCAAACAGCGGACAGACACAGUUAACGGCUAGCUGGUGAAAAGAGUAGAGUAUUUAGCUGCUAAAGAGCCAGAUAUUUUUCCCUGUGUUGAUGGAGACCAAAACAGAGCUAAAAAGCGAGUAAAUAUUGGCUUUACAUUUAACAGGGGGACACAAACACACCUCCAAAUAAAUGCAUGUGUUACUACGUGUCAGCUAGGUGUGGAAACUUAAUUGUUUGCUAAAACAUUAGCCUUAACAAGUUUGUAAGGUGAUAUACUAGGUUGUGUCUGGCAGCUUGUUGUGGAGUUGUUCUGCCCCCAGGUGGCAUAAGAUCAGUUAAUGCAGCGUAAAAGCAAUACUCUACCCAAAAAUGUAUCAUUGUGGUUGAAAGGUUGCAUUUUCAUCCUUAUUUAAGAACAUGCACUAUGUUAGGAAGAUUUCACUGCAGAAAAUAAUUCCACAAGAAAUUCUUAAACCCU